AUAUGUUAAUCGACAUCAAGGAAUUUUUGAGCACUUCACUGAAGUAGGCGAAAAAGUUGUUGAGUUAUCGAACGAAUAAAAACAUUUAUAAAAAAUGUACGGAGAAACUACGCUAAAUAAGGACCACGUAAUUAAAUUUAUCAGAUUGAAAAUUAACCAUUGCUUGGGCUGCGAUGAAGUGGAGAUAAACUUCUCGAGAGCGGACAAUGUCCACAUAAUCAUCUACAGUUUGGCCAAGGAUCUGGCAAAGGACCUACCGGCUGUAACGCCCGUGGCCCAAGCCAUCCUACUCCUCUGCUCCCUUACCUAUCCGGAUUCAGAUAGUCUUCAGACGAUUCCGCAGCUGGAAAUCGGCAAGGGAAGCGUCUCGAUGAGCUUCAAAGUCUAUCCCGUGGAUAAGGAACAGGAGACGGAGCCAGAGUCGGAGAGCGACCUGGAUGAGGGGCCCUCCACCUCGAAACAGGCCCUGGAGCGACUGGAGCAGCGUGCGGAGCGCAAGGCCAAGGAGGCGUCCUUAAGGAACCUGCAUUCCAAAAGCAUCUUUGUGACCGUAGAGCGCAGAUUCGAUAUGUUCUUCGCCCUGGACACCGUUUCCUAUUAUAUAAACGGCGGCAAACGCCAAACGUGCCGCCUCCCGGAGUUCCACGCCAAGUUCUUUGUGCGGCCCCAGUACUCUAUCAAUCUCCUGAGGCAGCUGCACGAGAAGUGCUCUGGGAACUGGCUAAAGGUCAUCCAAAGCGACGGCGAUGGUGACGCCUUCAAAAAGUUCAAAGACCCCGACAGUCCGUUCGAGACCUUUGUGAAGCUCUUCGAAAGUAACCCAAUCAAAUCAAACGAUACGAUUGGCAAGUUGGCCAAAACAUGCCUGCACGUCAAUGAGGCAGUGCGUCUGACGGAGCGCGAAUUCAUACUGGAGGUCUUCAACCAGGUGCGCCAUAUAUUCGAAUACAUCACGGCCCAGGAGUACACCGUGUGGUUUCUGGUCCCUUGCCUGGGUGACAACGACCAGCUGCGUUCCAAGACCCUCGAAGACUUCGAUUUGACCAAAGUGCGAACGUCUAUUCGUCCAGCCGGUGACACCACCAACAUUUGGUGGGAUCAUACUGAUCACAACAUCAAGGACAUUCUAUUGGUGGCCUUCCAAUUGGACCUGGCCACCCAUGUCAAUCAGUCGGUUCUCGUUAUCAGCCAUUUGGAAACGCUGGCGGAGUUUUCCACUAUGCAAUAUGUGACGGCCUUCUUUAUGAACGACUUCUACGCCAAGAAAAACACGGAGCCCAAAUGGAUCUGCCACCGCUACUUGGAGCGCAUCAUUGAUGUGGCCUUGUUCCUGGGCGUCAUCGUCAUCAUCGAAUACCCAAGUGCAUUUACUCUGUUGCAGGAGGGUCGCCACUUGAUCAAGUGCUUCCAGAAGGAUGAUCCCGAAUCCUCCAGCACCUCCCAAUGGGAAAUAUUCGAAGAUGUGGUCAAGGAGAGCGAGUCUGACCUCGAGUUUCUCAAGGAGGCGGUGGGCAAAGUGCAGCAGAACGUAUAGUCUUCAAGAGAAUACACUAGCUUCGCCUCGAACAAAUUUCAUUUAUCUGCCGUCUGCGGAUAUUUCCAUGCUCAUUUUCUAAUUACGCCACAGCUCACGGUCCAACUUCACUCCGGCUGCAAACCCAUUCUUCAGCUCCAUUUCAAUUAGGGUUUUGCCGGCUGUCAGUUCGAGUGCCACUGGCGGAGCAGCCGAGGGUCCUUGCACCACCAUCUGCGCCGACCCACAAACAGCAACUACAAUGGCUGUCAGACGAGAAGCACGCGUCAUUUGCCGGCGAAAUGCAUUUGCGUUAACCAAGAGCAUUUUUAGCCAAAAUCACUCGGUGACCCAGUUGCAAAGCCAAGAGCACGGAGAUACAUCCUGAUGGAAUGCUGACUGACUGGCGGACGGACUUGAGUGAUUGGCGGUUACUGGGGCAAUUAUUUUGGACGCUGAUGGGUUCCAUCAUUCUUUUGCAAACACAAUCUUUAGUUAUACAUUAUAUAUACAUAUAUUCUAUACAAGAGCAAGCGAGGCGAAGAUUUUCCAUACUAUAUUAUUAUUAUUAAUCUAUUACACCGUACACAUAAUCAUAUAGAGACGUACGAUGUAUUUUAUAUCUUAA